AUGAUAUUAAUAUCCGGUGUCCAGUUAUGUCUGGCACACUACUGUGAUGUCCACGGCCCCACUCCGCUGAUGGUCACCGAGGGCCUGCCCGUCCCAUGCAGCGCAUGCUAUGACGAGGCGCCCUACGCGGGCAGCGACCGGCCACACUCGAGCGCCAGCACACCAACCUCCACCAUCCACUCCGGCGUGGCCAUCACCGAGGCCCUGAGGCGGCUCGACCUCGACAGCAAACGCAGCUCCUCCACGCCCGCCUCCGAGCAGGACCCACCUGUCAACCGCUCUGCCCUCCGCCGCGCCACCCAGAUCGCCUCCGCCUCCGCUGUGGAUACGCCGCCUGUCAGCCCCCGGUACACGUCAGAUUCCCCACAGACGGGAGCAUCGCAUGCGCGCCGUGAGUCGAGUUACAGGAGGACAUAUGACGAGACAGUCAUGCGCCGGGCCGGCCCAUGCGACAACUGCGCACUCACCCUGCCCAAGCGGCAGGAGAGCAGGUCGAAAGACGGGGACGCGGAUGCUGGACCAACGCUGCGCACUCGGGCUCCCUACGCCAGGGUGUACGGCAGCGGCGUGCCGGGAGACGCCUCGCCCCCGAAUUCCACCUCCACAGUCUCCGAUGACGAAGAGGUGCCACCCCGGAGACCGACCCACCGCAGGACAGGCACCGUCACUUCCAUUACAUCCCGAUCGAGCGCAAGCUCCUCCUCGCCGGCGAACGGCCACACCCACUACCUCGAUUACACAUCGACCCACGAGCCCGUGGUCCCGUCCUCCUUCUCUAUAGUCCGUGCCUCGUGCAUCCGGACGCUCUCCUUCGAGACCCUGCCGCGGGGCACGGCGAUGAACACGGGCAACACCCCGACCGCGUCGCCCUCGACUCCAGGCUUCGUGACGACCCACAGCCCCGGCGCCGCCGCCUCGGGCGGGCCAAUCUUCUUCGGUGACCCUGGCGCGGGCUACACGACAGCGUACAUUUUCCGGAUCCCAGACGUGCACGCGCGGGGCCAUAAGCGGGUCUACGCCUUCCUGGCCCUGUCGACGCAUCGCGAACGCCUGGCCAUGAAGACCUUCACCUUCAUCUCCAAUGCCUUCCGAGAGCUUGCCGCCUGGAUCCAGGGUCUGGCCGAAGCGGAGGCGGAGCGCUACGCCAAUGACACGAGCGCCGCGAGCAGCCCGCUGUCGGCCGGCGGCAUGUACGGAGGUAUGUCGGCUCAUCAGCAGCGGCAACAAAGUCAGAGCCAGGGCGAUGACGCCAGUAGUGGCAAUACGACGGGCAGCGGCUUCCUCUCUGGCGGCAUGGGGGGCGGGCUGUCGCGCCGCAUGGGCGGCGGGUACGGCCCCAGCGGCGUGAGCCUCAAGGCGCGGGGCCUGGCGGAGCUGGUGGGUCUGCCGGACUUCUUCAUCGAGCUGCACUCGCGGUUCGUGAGGCUCCUGCUGGAGCUGGGCGUCGUGCUAAGCUCUUGA